AUUGCACCGUACCUCUGGCAUCGAGAGAGCUCGCCAGCGUCCAGUUGUCACGCUCGGCUCGAUCGGGCUCUGCCAACUGCCAUGGCGGCGGCGUCCGGACGGGCUCCGUCUGCUUGCGCGCUCCUCCUCCUCUUCCUCCUCCUCGUUGUGGGUGCCGCCGCCGCCGCCGUCAUCGUCGUUGAUGCCAACCGGGGGGAGCAGGAGCAGGACUGGGACUGGGAGCAGCUAAGCGCGGCGUCGCCCUCGCCGUGGAGUCCUGCGCCUGCCCCCGCACCGUCCCCCGUGAGCUUCAUAGACUGCGGGAGCGCGUGCGGGGCGCGGUGCGCGCUGUCGUCGCGGUGGAACCUGUGCCGGAGGGCGUGCGGGUCCUGCUGCGCCCGCUGCAACUGCGUGCCGCCGGGCACCGCCGGGAACCACGACGUCUGCCCCUGCUACGCCGCCAUCACCACCCGCGGCGGCCGCCCCAAGUGCCCUUGACGUACGCAUGGGCGAGGGAGGCCGCCGCGCGCGACGCCUCUCCUCUUGUCUUGUGUACCGCGCGCUAGCAGUAUACUACCCCAUGUAGUCGUUUGUACUCAGCCGUGUACGUACGUGUCUCCGGUGCGCGUACGUACGGUACGUCACACAUGAUGCGACUGCAACUGCAAUGCAUGCCUGACCCGACCGUCUUUGCCUGGAA